CUCUAAUAGAUAAUGUGGAUAAAACGAGAGGUUCAAAAUACCUUCACAUUUCCCUCUCUCCCCCAUCCUCCUCGUUUUCUUGCUAUUUUCCCCAAACGCCUCUUUGGUAUGAAAACAUGAUCGCCGUCAAAGCGAUUAACCAUUCCUUCAGUCCUAUUAAUCACAGUACUCUCUAUUCCGCCAGAUUUCUCACCACCAGAAAUUCCGUUUCGCGCCUCUGCAAGUCCAACGAUUCCGAUCCCCAAUCUCCACCUCCAGAUGGAGAUACUCGUAGCCAAGAACUUCUUGCCAGAAUCGCCAUGCUUCAAGCUCAGAAGGUCCGCCUCACUGAUUAUCUGGAUGAGAGAUCUGCGUAUUUAACCCAAUUUGGCGAGGAAGCCAUCGCUGAGCUUGACAAAGUCGGCGAAGAUGCUCUCAAAGGCUUAGAUGAAGCUAGUGAAAGGAUAACAGCAAACAUAGAAAGCCAAAUGCUAGAGUUUGAGGAAUUUGCAGAGCUCAACAGACGAGAGAUUGAGGAGAACGAGAACAAACUAGUUGAUUUUGAAGUUCAAAUGGAGGAUGACAGAAACGAAGGGCUCUUCUUCAAGAAUCUGAGGCAGAAAGCACCUGUUGACAAAGAAAAGGCCAAAGAGGAAGCAGAAAAGAUCAAAGAUGUGACCAAAGAAAAAGCUGGUAGCAGAACCAGGAAGAACAUCUACUUGUUCUUCAUUGGCCUCCUUACUUUUGGAAUUGUGGAUUCUCUUUCCUCUUCAUCACCUACUGAUUGGAGAAAAGUUGCAGUUCUUGCGACUAUUCUUGUGGCUUUAGUUUCUCAGUUCAUCUAUGAACAGAAAAUGUCUUCAGAAACGGAUACAACAUCACAAGAGAAGAUCACCAACCGAGAUGAUAAUAAUGAAGAAGAAAAUUGAUUCACAUGUUUGCUGUGAUUCGUUGUAAAUAGGAAGAAAGGAAAAGCUCACAUCCUUUUACUUCUUGGGGUUUAA